AAAAAAAAAAAAAAAAAAAAAAAAAACGUAGAAACCUUUAAAAUGAUCACAAACCACAUAGUGUUAGUAACAUGUUUUAAAUAAUAUGAACUGACACGUUUGUACAUCUUGAAUGUUUCUCCUUGCUGAACCCCCCAGUGUUAAGGUUGACAUAAAAGCGAAAGGAUUAUUUGUUUGUUUGUUCAGCACGAAUUUUUUUUUACCAUCCUUCUCCUAAACUCAUUCAUAUAUAAUAAAAAAUGGACGAUAGCCACUACAAUUUAUCCAGUCCAACUAUUCUUGUUACCUCGGCCCUCACUGCUGCUUCUUGGUUAAUUCUCUUUAUUGGUGCUUGUGUUGCCCAAUUUCAUGGUGUGCCAUGGUGGAUUAUCAUCUUUGAGCUUGUCUUUGUCGUUGGCACAAUUGUCUUGCUCGGUCUCAACAAGUUUUACCACUUCAAGUACAUGAUCUAUCUUCUCAUGUCUGUCAGUCUUGUCUAUUUAACUUGGCUCGUUCAAUACACUUUAGAUAAUGAUGGUGACCCAGGAGCCAGAGCUGCUGCUGCCGGUUCUUGUAUGUUGAUUAUUGUUCAGUUUAUCUGGGCCAUUUGCUUAACAUCUCCCGCUGGUUCUUGGUUCAGUAGAAAUGGUGCUCAAAACUUCAAGAAUAGUUCUGUUGGUGUCACUGGUGCUAAUUUGACUCGCAAGUUCUCUAAUACUGUUCGUAAUACUACUACUAAUAACAGAAAGACUCCCAAUUCUCCUUUACCUCCUCGUCGUGAUGAAGAAUUUGGGUCUCCCAAUGGUAAUACGGAUUUUGAACAAGCUGUUGCUUUGCAUGACUAUCAAGGCAGUGCUGAAGACCCUAACGAACUCUCAUUCUCAAAGAAUGAGCGUCUUGAGAUCUUGGAUAAGCGCGGUAAUUGGUGGCAAGCACGUAAACAAGAUGGUUCCACUGGUAUUGUUCCCAGCAACUACUUCCAAUAACUUGUAAUCAAAGACC